CCUGUGAAAUCCACAGCUCCUUCUGUGUAUAAUAGUGUUUCAGACUCCAGUUUCUACUUCUGUUUGGCAGUUCAGGGUAAUGAAGCUACAAUGGACAUAACCCAAAGCUGUGUCCUAUUUUUGUGGCUGCAUACACUCACCUCUGUGAGCAGUGAAGAUUGUACACUUCAGGACUUUGUAAAUGGGGAGCUGUAUGACAGAAAUUUUAACACAGUUGGUCUGCAGUCCAGCUACCCUCCUGGAGAGGAAGUAAGAGUGGGCUGCGUUGUUGGUUACACUGGCUUUUUCAAACUGCAAUGUAUGCGGGGUCGAUGGCAGUCCAUAGGCAAAAUAUGUCAACGGAAAUCAUGUGGUCAUCCUGGCGAUGCGCAGUUUGCAGAUUUUAUUCUGGAAGGCGAAGAUUUUGUCUUUGGGUCACAAGUUGUAUACACCUGUCACAAAGGUUAUCAAAUGGUCAGUCGCAGAAACACCCGUCGUUGCAUGGAGAAAGGCUGGGACGGUACCAUUCCUGUCUGUGAAGCCUUGCAAUGCCCAGCGAUAUCAGCAGACAAUAAUGUUCAGAUGAUUGGUGACGCAGAUGAGGCAAACUAUGGCAACGUGCUUCGAUUUACCUGCAGAUCCAGCAAUGAAAUCCUGUAUGGGUCACAGCAGAUCUAUUGUAAUGAGCAUGGACAAUGGAGUGAUGAAGCUCCAAAAUGCAGAGAGGUAACAUGUCCGGUACCAGUGAUUGAAAAUGGAUAUGUGCUUGGAAAUAUCCAAGAGUACAAACAACAUGAAUACUUGGAAUUUGAGUGCAAUCCGACAUAUAAGCGCUCUGAGGCCAGAGAUCCAACAUGCACAAGAACAGGUCCAAGAGCAGAGUGGAGCCCCACACCUGUGUGUGAACCAAUAACAUGUAGACUGCCACAGUUUCCAACCGGAGGAGCCAGUUAUGACCCUCCUUACAGAAAUGUGUUUCCACCUGGUGAAAGAGUAAAAAUAACAUGUGGAGACAGGUACUACAUUUCCCGCCCUCAAGACAUCUCAGCAGUUGCUACAUGCAAAGAUGAUGGAGAGUGGAGUUUCCAACUAACAUGCAGAGAGGUCACAUGCAACCGUCCACGAGACCCAACUUUGUAUGACUGGAGGAAUUGGGAACCACGAUUAAAGUUGCUGGAUACUGUACGUUAUUCAUGUAGGGGAGGCUAUAAGAGAACAGAUGGUGCCACUGAGGCCACAUGCACCAGAGAUGGGUGGAGCCCAAAUCCACUCUGUCAAGAAAUUACUUGCAACAGACGUGAUUUCCACAAUGCAGAUGUUGAAGACCCUAAGCAGACAUACAGGGACGGUGAACACGCCAGUUAUGUCUGCAAGGAGGGUUAUAGAGGAAGUUUUUAUCUAACCUGUGGAAAAAAUGGUUGGAGUGGACAACAACAAUGUAAACCGGUAACAUGCAAAGUAAAACAUUUCCAGAACGCAGACAUUGAUGGAAGAGUUCAGUCAGUAUACAAUUACAAUGACCAGGUUGAGUAUGACUGCAAGGACGGCUUUAAGGGACGUUUUUCUAUAACCUGUAGACCAAACGGUUGGGUCGGGUCUCCUGGUUGUACAAAGGUAACAUGCAGAAGAAAAGAUAUCCCAUAUGCAGACAUUGAGGGAAGACCUCGGCAGGUAUACACGUACGGUGAUCGGGUUCAUUAUAAUUGCAAGGAUGGUCGUGAGGGAAGUUUUUCUCUAACCUGUGGACAAAAUGGUUGGGGAGGGUCUGAAGAUUGUAGAGAGAUAACAUGCUAUAGGAAAUAUUUCCAGAACGCAGACAUUGAAGGAACAGCUAAGUCAGUGUACAAGUACAAUGAGCGGGUUCAGUAUGUCUGCAAGAAUCAUCAUGAUGGACGUUUUUCUCUAACCUGUGGACAAAAUGGUUGGGAAGGGUCUGAAGAUUGUAGAGUUCAUACAGAAUGUCAAAAACCUGACGUUCAACAUGGAUUUAUAGUUGGCCCAUACAAUGAGACACUGUACUACACCUGUGAGGAAGGUUAUAAGCUUGUGACUAAACCCUGGUGGGGUGAAGCCAAAUGUGGCAGCACGGAGGCUCUUGCACAGUGUAUCGAGAAAAGCGCAUGUGGAGAACUUCCUGUGAUUCCUCAUAUGGAAGUGGAAUCUCAACGUAAUAAUUAUACGCACGGUGAAAGUGUCACAAUUAAUUGUAAGGAAGGAUACGUCGCUCAGUUUGUUCGCUUAACGUGUCAUCAGGGAAAAUGGAAUGACAGUGAAACAUCACUCGAAAAAAUCUGUCAACCUAUUCUCAGUCACUGUGUUCCCCCGCCUAAAGUCACUAAUGCUGUUGUUGUGACUUCGCGUCAGAAGGAAUACACGUCUGGCUCUGAAGCAACUUAUCAAUGCCGUGAUCAAUAUACAAUCAAGGGAGUCGCCACAGUUACAUGCAUCAAUGGGACAUGGGAGGAGAGGAACUUUACGUGCACACCUAAUGGCGGUCCCUGCCGUAACCCACCUGAAGUUGCACAUGCUGUUGCUGACACUUCAGAUCAGACGGAAUACACGUCUGGCUCUAAAGUAACUUAUCAAUGCCGUGAUCAUUAUACAAUGGAGGGAGUCGGCAGAAUUACUUGCAUCAAUGGGCAAUGGGAGGAGGAGAAGUUUACAUGUAGUCCUACAGCUAAUGGCGGUCCCUGCCGUAACCCACCUGAAGUUGCACAUGCUGUUGCUGAAACUUCAGAUCAGACGGAAUACACGUCUGGCUCUAAAGUAACUUAUCAAUGCCGUGAUCAUUAUAUAAUGGAGGGAGUCGGCAGAAUUACUUGCAUCAAUGGGCAAUGGGAGGAGGAGAAGUUUACAUGUAGUCCUACAGCUAAUGGCGGUCCCUGCCGUAACCCACCUGAAGUUGCACAUGCUGUUGCUGACAUUUCAGAUCAGACGGAAUACACGUCUGGCUCUAAAGUAACUUAUCAAUGCCGUGAUCAUUAUACAAUGGAGGGAGUCGGCAGAAUUACUUGCGUCAAUGGGCAAUGGGAGGAGAAGAAGUUUAUAUGUAAUCCUACACCUAAUGGCGGUCCCUGCCGUAACCCACCUGAAGUUGCACAUGCUGUUGCUGACAUUUCAGAUCAGACGGAAUACACGUCUGGCUCUAAAGUAACUUAUCAAUGCCGUGAUCAUUAUACAAUGGAGGGAGUCGGCAGAAUUACUUGCGUCAAUGGGCAAUGGGAGGAGAAGAAGUUUAUAUGUAAUCCUACACUACAACAAUGUGAACGUCCUGAUGAAAUUCCCAAUGGCUAUUUUCAAAUUGUCGGUGGUACACGUGAUUUUCUUUUUGGAACAGUUAUCAAAUACUACUGUGAUGAAGGGUACAACAUGAUCAGUAAGGUUGACACCCGCAAUUGUUUGCUUGGCUCAUGGUCCCAUGAUGUGCCGAUAUGUGUUCCUUCGAGGUGUGACCCCCCACCCGCAGAUGAAGAUAUUACAAUGAACGUUUUACUAAAAUACGAAGGGUCCAUAUAUCCUAGCUACAUCCUCACAUUCAGCUGUGACCGCCCUGGGAAAUAUUUGAAUGGCAGUCCAAAGCUGACAUGUGGGAUAGAUGGACAGUGGGAUAACCCAUUCCCCUCUUGUGAAGACAUCACUUGUAAAGUUGGCAAAGUGCUCCCUCAUGUCAGUGCAGCUGAUUUACCAGAAACAGUGAAGCAUGGACAUACAUUAAAAUUUCACUGCGACAAUGGGUACAAACUGGAAGGGUCUGAAGAAAUUGUGUGUUUACAAAACGGGGAGUGGAAUGCCCCCUUUCCAACUUGCGUUGAAAGCUGUGAAGUCAAAGACUUACCACCCAACGUACGCCUCAGCAUGCAUGUAGUAGGUGAUCAACUAACAAAAGGACAAAAGUUAAGCUUUUAUUGCCCCCUGCGUGGUCAGACUCUUCAGGGGGAAACAGAAGUUGAAUGUUUAGCAAAUGGACAGUGGAGUCAUCCUUUUCCAACAUGUGGAGCUCAUUUUGAUUGUGGGAGACCACCACCUCUUGACAAUGGAGACCUCAAGGAAUCUCAACGGAACCAGUACAGAAACAAUGAUUGGGUUGAAUACACCUGCCAGAAUUACCACAUUAUGGAUGGUUCCCCCUACCGAACAUGCAACAAUGGUGAAUGGACUGGACAGAUGAGAUGCCUCAAACCCUGCACUGUGGAUAGCGAAACCAUGAACAACCGUAAUAUUAGAUUCAGAUAUAGUUAUGACAAUAAGAAGUAUUCAAUCCAUGGUGAUGUAAUGGAGUUCAUGUGUGCCAGAGGAAGACCUGUCCGCACAGUGGCAAUGCGUCAGUUGUGUCGUGAUGGUGUGAUUGACCUGCCAUCUUGCCAGUAAAGCUUUUCAGUCAACUGGAUGUGAUAAACAAGAGCUGUUUGGCCAAACAUGUUUAUGAUUAACCAGACUAGAGUCAUGUGCUGAUCCAAUGUCUAUGCUUUAGUGCUGUGUGUGGUCUAUUCAAUAAAACUAUUAUGUUCA